UAUAUCAAUAUAUAUACACUUUAUGUGUGCUAAGUUGAAUAUAUUAGAUUAAAUUGGGAUUUUUUGAUAUACAAUUGGAAAGAUUGUAAAUUUUUCAUUUUGGGUUGGUGGGUGUUUUUACUUUUGGUUGAAAUUUAAGCAAGUUGUUGAAUUUUAGGGUUUUGAAUAUAUUUUUAAUUUGAAAAAUGGGGGGAAUGUCAUCUGAUAAUAUACAUGGGCUGAUAUUAGCAUUAUCUUCAAGUGUGUUUAUUGGAUCUAGUUUUAUUAUUAAGAAAAAAGGUCUCAUGAAAGCUGGUGCUACAGGAAUCAGAGCAGGUUCAGGAGGCUAUUCAUACUUGAAAGAACCCUGGUGGUGGGCUGGGAUGGUCAGCAUGAUCAUAGGCGAGGUAGCAAAUUUUGCUGCUUAUGCAUAUGCUCCGGCAAUUCUUGUAACCCCGUUAGGAGCUCUAAGUAUGAUAAUUAGUGCAGUUUUAGCCCAUUAUUUUUUGGAUGAGAGGUUACAUAUUUUUGGUGUAAUCGGGUGUGCACUCUGUUUGGUGGGUUCGACCACAAUUGUCUUGCAUGCUCCACAAGAGACCCAAGUUACUUCAGUUAAAGAAGUUUGGUACUUUGCGACCAAGCCAGGAUUUCUCGUCUAUGCAUGCAUCGUUUUGGUUGUUGUUGGGAUACUUAUUUAUCGUUAUGUGCCACUCUAUGGUGGAACUCAUCUGGUUAUAUAUGUCGGAAUUUGCUCUCUCAUGGGCUCCCUCACGGUUAUGUGUGUGAAAGCAGUGGGAAUUGCCAUGAAACUAUCAUUUUCAGGUAGUAAUCAGUUUAUAUAUCUCCAAACAUGGGUUUUCACCGUGCUACUUUGUGGUUUCAUUCUUCUGCAACUCAACUAUUUGAACAAGGCACUAGACACCUUCAAUACAGCAGUGAUUUCGCCAGUUUAUUAUGUCAUGUUUACAAGCCUCACCAUCUUGGCUAGUAUGAUCAUGUUUAAGAACUGGAAGCAUCAAAAUGCGUCACAGAUUGUUACAGAACUUUCAGGUUUUGUGACCAUUUUCUCGGGGACUUUUCUUCUUCACAAAACAAAAGAUAUGGGAACUCCAGCUACUACAGAGUCUCCUAAACAGUCAAAUUUAUCAAACGGAAGUCAGAAUGAAAGCCCUAGAAGGAUGGAACAGUGACUAUUAGUUUUGUGCUAGAUUAGAGGAUUUUGACAAAAUGGUUACUGGUGGUGAAUUGGUUAUAUGUCUAGAUGCUGCUGACAAACAUCAAACAUGAGGAUUAGUUUCAGACUUUUAGCAUUAUUGUUAUUUAUAUUAGUUAAUCUAAUUAUACUGCGUUAUGGUGUCCAUAUUAGGACAAACUUGUUAAAAAGAUUUUGAUUGUCAUUAACUAUUAGUUCUAACUUUCAAAAAUUUUUAUGUUUUGCUCUUCA